AUGUUCUUGUAUAAUCGUCACAGACGCAGUCGGCGCAUCUGGGAUUGGGAGAGUCACUUGCAGGAAUUCGACAGUGUAAGAGAUCUGGCUCAGCGGAUAAUCGACAAUGUAGAGCGGGUUAUUGUCGGCAAGAGCGCGGCCGUCGAGCUUGGAGUGGUGGCGCUGAUGUGCCAAGGCCACGCGCUCAUCGAAGACGUGCCCGGCGUGGGCAAGACCAUGCUCGCUCGUAGCAUCGCUCGAUCAGUGGGAUGUAUGUUCAAGCGCAUCCAAUUCACUCCUGACCUGCUGCCGACGGACGUGACAGGCGUGUCGAUCUACAACCAGCAGACCGGCGAGUUCCAGUUCCGCGCAGGGCCGAUCAUCUCCCAACUCGUGCUCGCUGACGAGGUCAACAGAGCAACUCCGAAGACACAGUCGGCCAUGCUUGAGGCUAUGGACGAGCGACAGGUUACGGUCGAGGGCAUCACUCACAGACUGCCCAGCCCCUUCAUGGUAAUGGCGACACAGAAUCCCGUUGAGUACGAAGGUACGUUCCCACUGCCUGAGGCCCAGUUAGACCGAUUCCUUCUCAUCGUCCGCCUAGGCUACCCGACGAUAGAAGAGGAACUGGAAAUCGUCAACCGCCAGGAGACUUCACACCCGAUUGACACGCUCAGACCUGUCGCAGAGGCUGACGAGAUCAUAAACCUUCAGAGAAAGAUCCGGGAGAUAUAUGUUGACGAUCUCGUGAAGCGGUACAUCGUGAACCUUGUGAAUGCAACCAGGACUCACCAGGACAUCGCUCUGGGAGCGUCACCAAGGGCAUCUCUCGCACUGUUCAGAGGCGGUCAGGCAGUCGCCUUGAUACGCGGGAGGGACUACGUUCUCCCGGACGACGUGAAGGAGUUGGCCGUACCGAUGCUCAGUCACCGCAUGAUCGUUACCGCGGGAGCGCGCAUGAGAGCUGUUGGCAGUCAGGAAAUUGUGGAGCAGAUUCUCGAAGAGACUGCUGUACCCGGCGGCGGCGCUCGAGCUGGCGCGGCUGGAUAG